AUGUGGAUCAUAGUUAGUUUUGACGAUGAAGAUGCUAUACAAGCUGUUCCUGCUCACUGGAUGAAAAAUAACAUGUGUGCAUGGCCAAAAAAAGAUACAAAAAAACAUAUACAACGUAGGACUAUUCCAAAUAAAUUUGUUUUUAAUUAUUUUAAAUCAAGAAUUUUGAAAAAAGGCAUUGGGACAAUACACAAAGCUCGAGAAACGGUUAAAUUAGCAGAGCAGACAAGUGACCUAUCUAAUAUUGAAAACACAAAAAGGAAAAAAAACCUCCUCAAUCAUUUAGUUUCUGGGGAGGUAGAUUUUGAUAGGUCGAUAACAUUGGAGACUUCACCCGAAAAGCAGAAAACAGUUACAAGUUAUAAUUUUAACCAAGAUUUAGAUUAUGAUUAUAAAGAAAUCAGUACAACAGAUAAUUUUAAGACACAAUCAUUAAAAUCCAAACUAAAUAUGCCUGGUUCUAGAUUUUCAAAUAAAGAGAAUAAAUCUUCAUCAACAACUCCAGAAAGUAAUCAUGAAAUACCAUCCAUCGUUUAUACAUCAUCUUCUCUAUUUAAGGUCACGUCACAAGACAUCUAUCAAUCAUUAAUUCCUGAUGUGCUUGAAGAAAUAGUGUUAUCAGAUUAUAAUACCAAACAGUUAACAAAUCUUGGUCAUAGACCAUCUACAUCAACUAAACACAAUUUUAAUGAUGAUUUAGAAAUCAAAAACAUGGCACCUAAGCCAUCUACAAAAUACAAUAAUUAUAAUAUUAUUAAAGAUCACAAAAGGAUGAAUGAAGUUUCACCACAGAAUAUUUUGAACAGGAUCUUAAAUGUGGUAUUAAAGAUUGGGUAUGAUGUAGAGUCCGUUCAACAGAAGCAGAUGGAAAUGGAACAGACUCUAACAGAUGCAAUAAAUCAAGUACAUGAAACCAAAGGCUCUACUCACCAAAGUAUAUUAACAGAAGGAGAAGAUUUUUAUUUAAUGAUUCCCAUAAUAAAGAACAAUUAUUUAUUUUUGAAGAAAAAGUUUUGGAAAAGUCUUAUAAAAUUAUGUGCUGUAAAUGAGGUCAAACGUCUUCAAAAAAUAGAACUUAAUUCUAAGGUACGAGGCUUACUAAAAGCACUUUUCAAUGAUGACGCCUUAAAAGAAUACAGUUAUGUUGGGCAAAAAAAAAAGAAAAUUUUCAGUUCAUUAAGAUCAUGUGCAAUAGUUUUUGAAACGAUUAGAAAAAUGAAAAACUUCCAAAGUACAACUAAUGCAGCUAUUGAAGACCCAAUUAAAAAAUACAUAGCUGGUGCUGGUUUUAGAAAAUCUUCUAAAAAUACAGAUUAA